AAGAGGCAAAACAAUCUUUUUAUCCUUCUAACCGGGCGGCUUUUUGGAUAUCCUGGGCUGCGGUGGUGACGGCAGCGAAGGAAAAAAAAAAAAAAAAAAACUUCACAUGUAGACUAGAAUAGAAGUUAGGACUCAGACAGCUCCUAUAAAACUGCGACAAUCCCGAUAAAUGUAUGUAACUCGCGCAUUUUGCACUAAAACCUACAGAAAGCCGACAUUAUUCCUUUAGUCUCCACUCUCCCUGACUGAAUAUGGAGUCCAAAUGCAUUUUGGAAAAGUCGUCGGUCGGGGCAAGCAUCGGCGGUGUCGUGGACUUCAACUACCGGCCGGGCCGCUACAACAACCGGGUCCCAGCGAUGGAAAAAAGCAGCUACACGCCGGGGCCCAUCUUUUACAAAUACGUGACGGACGGAGGCUCGACGGCGGCGGUUAAAAACGAGCGAACUUCGUCGGCCGGCAGCGGGCACUUGCCGGGUGUUGGAGUGUUACAGGACGUGGAAAAAACAGGCCCCAGAGACCAAAAAGACAUUGGUUCCACCGGGAUCCUGAAGAGGGCCAGUCCCACCCUCUGUCUUGGCACGGGCAGGCAGUUACCGGGCAGCUCCAUAAGUUUGGACAUCAGAAACCCAGGAAAACAGGCAGAGCUGGCCAACAGCUUCAGGGCAGCACAGGGGCAGAAUGUCCCACAGGCGGAGAGACAACCCCUCCCCUCCUCCCACAUCCCAGUCCCCAGAAACAGGAAUCCUUCAGGUCACGCGGAUAAGGAGGUGAUGGCUGCCACCGUCUUGACCUCCCUGUCCACAUCCCCCUUGGUGCUCGGUCCUUCCUCUGUACCCACAGAGCCAACCAGCAAAACAUGGAAAGAUGUUCUGUCUGCGAGUUACAGCAGCUCAACGAGCGGCAACUGGAGCUGGGAUGCCAGUGACCAAUCAGUGCCCUCCACACCGUCCCCACCGCUUUCCAAAGAUGCCAACCCUGGCUUUCUGCACUCAACCCAGGGAGAUGAUGCCAGCGAGGAUGUCUCAGAGAGCACUCAUUUUAUGUUUGAGGACCCUAUCCCCCGAAAGCGAAAGAACUCCAUGAAGGUGAUGUUUAAGUGCUUGUGGAAGAACUGUGAAAAGGUCCUCAGCACAUCCUCAGGGAUCCAGCGACAUAUCCGCACCGUCCACCUGGGGCGAAACAGCGACUCAGAUUACAGCGAUGGAGAGGAGGAUUUUUACUACUCAGAGAUUGAAGUCAACAUGGACAGCCUGACGGAGGGCUUGUCCAGCCUUACACCUACCUCCCCCACCACAGCCGGCCCUCCGCCCAUCUUCCCCCCGCCGUUGAGCGACAUGUCCCGCUCUGAGCUCAUCGGCGUGAACGGUUUACAGAGCCACCUCUCGUCGCUGCUCAGUCAGUCGGCUCCCUCCGCGCUCUGCCACAUCCGCACUGACCAUGCCUACCAGGCCGCCGCUCCAGUGAGUAUCCCAGUGGGUGCUGAGCUGGCUGGGAUAGACAGUGGUAAUGGGAUCGGGCCUGGAACUGGGACUGGGACUGGGAAUGGCAUCAGUGUGUCUUGGCAGCCCCCUCCUGUCAUUUUUAAAGGCGCCCCGGGCCCCGUGACACAUGUUCGCACUGUUAGCAUCGGUGAAAAGCGGCAGCCGGCAGCCAGCACACACACCGCGGUUACCAAGAGCCACACUUUAACAACGCCGGCAACUAAAUCAGCACCAGGAACCAGGAAACCCCGGGGGGAAGCUAAGAAGUGCCGGAAAGUGUACGGCAUGGAGAAGAGAGACAUGUGGUGCACAGCCUGUCGAUGGAAAAAAGCCUGUCAGAGAUUCACCGACUAAUCCAGUUGCCUUCCCCUGGUUCUGGGAGACGAGAUCCUCCUCGCUGUCGGAGUGACGGCGAGGUUGACUUUUUUUUUUUAUUUCCACGGAGAAGAUGAGGGCAAAGUUCUCAGUGCUACUUCUGGUGGGCCAGCAGGGGGAAUGGGUUGCCUUAUCUCUUUUCUGUUUCCAAACACAACGAGAAUACAAAAACAAAACAUAAAGAGAAAAUCACAACUUUAUGCAGACCUGGAGACAUUUUCUAAGACUCAGACAUUUUCACUCACAGUUAAAUAAGGAAAACAAAACAAGUUAGCUGUUUAUCCGAUUCUUUUAUUCCCCAUCUUUCUUCAACUCAAAGCAAAGUUUGAAGAGUACAAAUAAGCUUUUUUUGUUAUACUCUGUUGUUAAUUGUAAGCUACUUUUGUUUGGUGGGCUGUGGCUCUUCUCCGAGGUUAAACGGUUAACACCGAAUGCGCUCAGUGAAAUCACUGUAGCAGAUCUGUUUCUCUUUGUCACCCUUUUUAAGGGUCCUCAUCAAAUCUGCCAAAUUCUCAACCUACAGUCAUCAGUUUUAGAGUAAGAUGUAACAACACUGUGUUCUGCCUUUUUACUGGAAAUAUAGACCCCAAAUAUAGUUUAGUAUCAAACGACUUCUUUCAUUAAGCUGAUUUAUAACAGCCUUCUACACUUUUUUAGAUCUGCAAUACUGCACUAAAUCAUUCACAACAAGUGGUACAAAGAGUUCUCGUUUGACGUCCCGAAAUAUUUUUUUUUCCGAAAUAUGCACACAGUUUAUAAACUAUAUAUGCCCCUAUCCUGUUAUAUAUGCAUCCCUCAGAGAUCAGUUGUCUUUUAAAGUAUCACUGUAACCUGAGUUUGCCUGAGAGUUGAUAUAUAUAUAUUUCCUGUAUAGUUUAUAUUCAGCAGUAAGCUGCUGAAUCUACUCACAUUUUGCAUUGUGCAAUCAGAGGAAUGACAGCAUUUAAGCAUUUUUCCUGCGUUGUGGUUAUCAGUCGCUAGCCGAUGCACAGAGGCUCAUUCUUUAACAGCUGAUGUUCUUGAAGACAUUGUUUACCACAGUAUGCAAACUGUAACAGCCCUUUGACAUUUUUAACUCAACAGUCUGAUUGAUUAUAAUUGUGAAUGCAGGAAGAACACAUAGAUUGUAGUCCAAUCAUAUUGACUUAAAUAUAUAUAUAUUUCUUAUACGGUUUUCUACAAUAAGUUGCUUUGUAAGUUUUAGAAUAAUAACUAGAGAUGCACCGAUGUCAGGCUUUGUUGCCGCUUUCUAAACCCCAAUUUUUGUAAAGCUUUGACCUGUCAACACAGAUUUUAGUUCUUUUGGAAAAAAAAAUUAAGAAAAAUGGAAAGAACUGUAUUUCUAAACAAAAAGCUGCUGUCAUAGAUUUUUAUAUUAGCAGAGUUUUACUAACUUCAAACAAAAUCAAAAUGAUUUGGAGUUGACUUUUUAUACGUAUUUUAGCAUCUUAUCUUGGUGAUAAGUAGUCUCAUUGUGGGUAUUCCCAGGAGAAUGGAGACUGUAACCUUAACUCUGUGAUUUCUAAAAUAUCCAAACUCAUCAUGUUUCAUAACAGACAUGGGUUGAAAGCUCAGAAGUAUAAGAGAGACACUUUCCUGUGAGAUGUUCUUUGCUAGUUUGACAAGGCAGGUACAGAUUGACGUGCUUCAUACAUGAAGAAGAUGGGUACAAAGACCGUCUGUAAAAGUACAAAUUGCCCAAAUCAUAAACUGACCGGCUUCUGGCGAAGACUGAAUCUCCGUUAUAGCAGCUUUUGUGAUUCCUCUGACUUCACUUUUAAACACCUCUCCAAACCAAAAAACAACAAACAUUAAAUCUUUUUCACACAGUUAGAACUUCCACACUGAAGUGUGUUGUCAUCAGAGCAACCCUGUCACGCUUACAUAUGGUGUGUUCACUGGUCGUAAUUAAAUGGGAUUUUUGAAGUCGGGCCUGGUCAAGCUGAAGAUCGUUCAGUUGCGGCCUCCAGCUGCUUUCUCGGUGCAUCUCUAAUAAUAACCGUUAACCAGCUAUAGAUCCAUUGGAAACAUCAGACUGCACUUCACAGGCUGUCCUGUGUUUUAAUAGAAAACAAGUACAAAGAAUCUAACUCAAAGCAGGAAUCUCCUGUUUUAUGUGGAAGUGAGCAGGAAUUUAGAUUUUUUUAAAUUAUUAUCAAAUGGAGUCUUACUUAUUUAGAAUAAAAGUUCUGAGGUCAGACUGAGACCAUGAAAAUAAGGGCAGGGUUUACAAGCUGUAGAUAAACUACAGAUGGUGGAAGUACCUUAAAAUUUGUUGACUUUAGAGCCCAUUUUGACACCUGAUUAUUUUUUUGUUAAAUAGAAAUACAGAGGAAAGAAAAAAAUAUUUUCUAAUAUUAAAACUAAAAUGCUGUCCACCUCUUUAAAAUGUGUGUUUUUUAUCGUGCUUGUCCAAAGUAAAAUUUAAAAAAGCACUUAUGAUUGCCAUGUUCACAUGGAUUAAAACAAAAACUAUCUUUUAAUAACACAGAGAAAUCAAAAAUAGAAGUAAGCUGCCAUUCAAUUCUCUACAGAGUAGUUUUAUCUGUACAGAUUCCUUCUUAGUAAAUUGUGUAAGUUUUCUCAGAGUUGACAAAAUCAGCUUUUCAAUUUGUUUAAGAAAACUGUCUACUUUUUGUUUUUCAUGUAUUUCAAAUGAUACUCUAGUUCUGAUUUUAAAAAGAUAGCCGCCUGAACUAUUUAUUCCUAUAGCCCUUAAUCUAAAGUCUGUAAAAAUGAAUACCCCCACCCCGCAUUAGAUCUUUGAUUUAGGCAUGAACAGAUCAAAACAAACCCUCUCUUUGUGUGAUUUUUAUUUUAUUUUAUUUUUUUUUUCAAGUUGUUUGCCGAGACGCGGCCGUGACAGUAGAUGUAAAUUUAUAGAGACAUUUAUGCUGUACAUUAGCAGCCUUCCUAUCGCAGAUUUUGCCGCAUGUGUUUUAUUCGUCAAGUGCUCCAGACAGUCACCUAAGCAGAGCUCAGCAGCAGAGUAUCACAGAUGACGUGUUUAUUUGUUUGGCACGUCUUUGAGUCGGCGUCUUGACUGACAGCGAAGUGCAACGUCAAACCUCUUGUCGCCAUAAAAAAAAAACAACAACCCUGUGUCGUUUCCUAGUAUCGGCAAGUCAGAUGAGCUGCAGGGAAAAGAGGGGAAAAAAAGUAAUCUUUUUUUUGUCGGUGAGAGCUGAAGCAAACAUUAGGCAGAAAUUGUCACAGUUUAAGAAUUCCUGAUGCUCCGUGUAAAACCUUUAUAUAUCAGUGGUGUUCCAGAUAAGCUAGGUCAGCAGGCCUCUUCCAGCCACCAAAUUCACCAAGUGCCAAUAAAAGUUAAGACAUAAAGGAAAAGGUAUUCUGACCUUUUUAAAGAAAUUGCACUACGCUGUACUGCGCAUAGACAUGUUUUUAUACAUGGACGUUUUUGUAUUUACAGAUUUUUUUUUUUUUUUUUUUCUAAGUGAAAGGGUUUUUUUUCUCGUUUUUGUUUCGAUGAGUCGGGAGGGAUCCAGUCACAGUCCGAUGGGAUAGAAAAAAAAAGGGGGUCGAGUAUUCCCGCCGAGAGGUUUCCCCACUAACGGCAUGCAAUCUUAACGGAUAAAGUCUCGCGCUCGGUGUCAGAUGUUGUACUAAACACUGCGGCGCUGGCAGGUGGAGGGCGCGUGGUACUGGAAGUACAGUGUGGUACUCGGCAGUUGUCGGUCUCUUUACCUUUGUGAGUGCUGAGGACUGGAAGCAGUCCCCAGCCCUGUUGCAGUGAUGGGGAAACACCAGCUUCAGUACGUAGCUACACGUUAUCAUCCCGGUAACAGAAGAUGCUUUAAAGUGUUCAUUGCCUGGAGUUUUUUUUUUUUUUCUUUCAACAAUGUUCAUGCGCUUUUUAAACACACUGCUGCAAAUGUGCUAUUUCCUUCAUUUUAAAAAGGCUCCUGCUUCUUGACAUUUUACUAUGGUGAUGUAUUACAUGCAUGUACAUACUGUUAGUGCUGGAUACCACUUUUUCUUCAGUACAUUUGGUUUGGUUGUUAAAGAGUAUCCAAAGCCACCCAUUAGGUCUCUCCAUCCCGAGUAAACACCAGCAGGUUUAUGUGCCGAGAGCUUCAUUUGGCAGAGAAUUAAACCUAUUUAGAGGAAAUGGGGCCUUUACGCCACACUGUUCCUCUUUAUGGCGGCUUUCGUUCUGGGGGGCAAUAUAGCUCACCGCCCAGAGCACCACAGCUCGGGGCUGGUCGGAAGUUUUUCAGAUUUUGUUUUCUUUUUUUUUUCAGCUGCACCCAAAACAAGUUUUGUUAGUUGCUUUCAGAGUUGUAAUUUUGAUCGUACACAGCGGCAGAUUGAAGUUGCCAUCUGAUUCAGAACUUCUAAUGUGGUGCUGUAGUAAAAGGCUAUUUCACACUUCUUGAAGGAAUUGGGUGUGCAUUUAUUUUAUCAUGCCUGGUUUGAUAUUGGAAAUUCUCAGAGGAGUAAAACCUGGACUGAAUUAUGCUAAACUGCACAGGCGUUCUUAAAAACUAUAUACUGAGAUUUAUCAAUACUUUAUUCUGUUUGGUAAAGCACAACAAAAUAAAUUCUUAAUGCCGCUUUGACACUAGGACCUCCUUAGGAUGUAGCUGGGUGCCAUUUAAGCAAAAACCGCCACUGUUCAAAUUGGAACUUGGUUAUCGGGUCCUCAAGCCCCCCUUCAGGACUGUUUUUUUAUUAUUAUUUUUUUAUUUACAGUGUCGCUUGGGCCCCUGGCCCAAGAAAAAAAAAAGAAAAAACUUCUGCAGAGAUCAUUGUCUUUUAAACAAGAGAUGCACCAAUCAAACAGACAGAGCUAAGAAUUUUCUCUGAUUGGCUGUGAUCAAAGAAAUACUGAAAACCAUUUUUUUUUUCUUUACUUGUAAUGCAUCAAAACUAAGAACUCCCUCCAUUUUUAAUGUAUACAACUAUAAACCAAUGCUUUUUGAAGUUUACCAAGAAAUUCAAAUAAAGCUUUGGAGCAUUCUUUGAUGCAUAAAUGGAGAUGACCGGCUAAUUCUUUGAUUUUUCCAUUGAAUAAAAACAACUACAAUCAAAGAACCUCCAGCAUUUUUCUUUUUACGUCACAGCAGGUAGUUAAAAAAAAUAAUAAUAAUGAUAAUUGGCCAUCGGCGUUGCCCAGGAAAAAGCCUGAUCGGUGCACCUCUUGUUUAAACUUCCAACACAUUUGCCUUGUGAAGCGGUGGAUGGAGAUCGACACUAACUGCUGACGGGUGUGCGGGGAAACAGCAAAGUGCACACACACAACAGGCAGUGACAAUAUAAGAUUUGCAGUUUCAGGGCCUUGUUGUACAUAAAGCACGAUAAAGAGAUCUGUGAGGCUUUGUCACAUGUUGUUUUGUUGUAUCUCUGUUAUAUGAAAAGGAAAUUUUUUUCAAAUUUUUUUUACGUUACUGUUGCUCAGAAUAUAUGUUUUUUUUUCAUCUUUAAAGGCAAUUGCGAAACUAUAGUGAACUGAUUCAGUGUAUAUUGUAGCUUAGUGGCAAAGGGGAGAAAAAAAUGACAACCUGUUGAAUGUACAACGUAUAAAACUUCAUUUUGUUGUUUUCUUGUAGUGGCUGGCUAGUUUAGCCAUUUUGAGAGAUUUUCGUGCGUCCUUAUUUGUUGUCUUAUUUCUGAACGCCUACAAACAUCUGUCGCCACACUGAUAAAUCAUAUGGAAUAACACAACCAUGCAGUAUUGCUUUACUAUCUUUGUGCAAUGACGAUAUAUAAAGCGGAACAACAUAUUUUAUUUUUUUUCAUGCCUUUCUGGUGACAUUUGUGUUCCCACUCUUACCAAUUUGUCCUCUUUAUUUGGCCAACUUGGGCGUUUCAUUUGAGUUUUUGUACUUUUUCGUUGUCAUGGCUGUUGUUUGCGGUUGUGAAAAGAAGCUGUUCUCAGUCAGGAUAGCUUUCUACCUUUUGGUCACAAUGGAAAUUGUUACCUUUUGGGGCAUUUUUUUAUUAUCCUGCCCUGCACAUUCCAACAGACAGCGUGACUUUUCCCUCUCGCUUCUUCUUUCACCGCAGCAAUUCGUCUCCCAUCACUUUCUCUAUUCGUGUGCUAUCCAGCUUCACUGUGGUUCCACCCAGGCCUUUAGCCAGUACAUUAAGCUAAACUAAACCCUUGAAAUGUGCAACAUAAAAACGUUUUGUUUUCUUUCCAAAUACAUUAAAAUUGGUGUGCUGCUUUCUUGAAUGUCCGUUUUUUUUUUUCAUUUUGUUCACUAAACAGCAGCAGCAAAACAAAUAAGAUAUAUUUUCUUCAAAAUCCCGUGUAUUGCAUUGCAAUGGCAGCUCCACACCUCCUUCUCUUGUGCUUGUAUUGUCUGUCCCGGCGUUUCGUCAAACCCUAUCCUAUAAUGACCUUUUUUUUUUUUUUUUCAGUGCUGUUGUGUUUUUACUGAGCCUUACGCUUUUAUUUUUCUCCCGUCGAUUGAUUUUUCUGAUUGAGUUUGAUGUUGUUGUGCAUGUCUAGCAUUGCUCAUGCUUUUCAUAUUCUUUAUUUUUAUUAUUGUGUGUAUGUUAGGAGAUACAACACUGAAGGGUUUUAUGUGUUAGAUUUCCCCUAUCUGUAUCCAGGAACUCAAGGCUGAUGAUGGAAGCAAAGCCUGACUGCACUCAGUGCUGAGAAGAGUUUUUGGUGGAAAGGUGACUUCAGUCUUUGGGUCUUCACUGGAGGCCAAGGUUUCUCCUGUAUUUGGGUGGGCCCUGCUUCCCCCCCACACACAGGGAGAAAACACUUUCUGAGCAGUGGUGCACUCAAUGAGUACUUGUGUGAAUGUCAAGCCUUUGACUAGUGCUUGAAAAGAUGGAUGGACAUGUAUGAUGCUUAUAAUGUGAUCUGUGUGAUGUAAUGUGACAGUAAAGAAAAAUAAACCUGAAUGGAAGACA